AAUGGAUCCUGAGAGCGUUUCCUUCCAGCCCCGCGACUGGCAGGGUGAGAUGCUCCGCGCGCAACAGACAGAUCUUAUGGAGCGGCGACACGAAGAUGAUUCACGUCUGAAAAAUGUUUGGGGGACUGCCUCACCUUUCCCUUCGGUGUUGGGCGGCACCCCGCAGCAAGUUCCCCUACAGCAGCCGACAGCGGAUCACUUCUCUACGUUUGACGAUGCCUCGAUCAAUCUCAUUGGUAAUCUGCAGCUAGACGCCGACGACGAACCGCGUCGUAUUGGUGCCACUUCGCGCGCCAACAGCGUUCGCUUCGACGAGACGGCAGACUAUGGUCGUUGGGCCCACGCAUCACGGUCAUCUCUGGAUCUCAUCCCGCGUACUGGAAGCGGCAUGGGCGGACACGCCAUGAGUGAGCGUAGCUACUCACACAAGUCGAUCGGGGGCCAAAGCUCAACUGGGCACUCGGUGCAUUCUGCUACCUCUGGACGCGCGAACAGCUUGACAGGAUACGGGCUAGGAAAUACGAUUGAGCCGCCUGGUCUAGCCCCGGGUCUCUUCAUCUUAGGACCUGUUCCCGCCAUCAUUCGUUGCUGGCUCACCACUACUUUCAAGCACGAUACCAUGUUGUAUGCUGCCGUUUGCAGUGGCUCGUAUGCUUCCUAUCUUGACUCGCGACUCAUCGAGCAACUCGGAUUCCAAGACCAGAUUACUCAAAGUGAUGAUGGUUCUCGCAAGAUUAAGAUGCCCAUCUACUUUCCCGAAGCGGUUCCCCUUUCAGCGUCGUCUCGGUCUAGCAGUCCGGCUCCCCAACUGCCCUCUUUGACAGUUAUGUUCACCGUGAUUGAUGAUUCGCAUACCGCGAAUAGUAAAGCUAUUCAGAUUUUCCUUGGCAGCGACAUGAUGCGCGCACAUAAUGCUGAUAUCCUCUUCUCAUCCAAUCAGCUGACUCUCUACGAUGAUGAUCAAACCAAAAUGAGGAUUCCUCUUGUUCGACCAGAGGAUGAGCGGACCUUCAACUCGUUAUAUGUUGGUAGUGGCCGCUCGGGAUUUACCCUCCCGCAGCCCCAGGGAAAACUGGGGCAGUCUUUGCCUGCCUUAUCAGCUGCAACUGCUACCGAUGAUGAGACCGAAUCCCGAAGUGAUGCUGAACGCCCCACGAGGAGUGUUUCCAGAACCAGAGGUACUACUGCGCCCAACUCGGAAGAUGGAUCCUCUGGUCGACCAAGUCUCGAACAGCGCCCUAGCAUCAGCUUGUCGCGAUCAGUAUCUGCGUCCAAGGAGUCUCAGGACCCAUCCCAAGCUAAUGCAGUUCCACGCUCGGCCCCUUCGCCGGCUAUCUGGAGCAACUGGCGACGUGAAGCAGAGAAGCCCAAUCCCGGGGAUAUGGUAAAUGGGUCCAACUCGACCUACCAACGACGGGAUACAGGCAUCAAAGUGUUGAAGAAACCUGGUACACGCAUCUCAUCAACAAGUGGAUCGCAAGGCUCACCGGCGACUGGACAGUCGCGUUUCUUUGACGACGGGAAAAGAAGGGAAAGCAUCGUGAGUGAGACGGAAAGCAGCAGUGCACCGAGUCUGAAGCGGGCAGCAUCUGGAGAGAAGGCGAAGGAAAACGCACCUCCAUCGACGAAAGCACCGUCGACGAACCCGGUUGGCGGGGCAUCAGCGUUUGCUUGGCUGAACACGAAGGGUGUCAAGUGA